AUGACUGUAUUCCAAGAUCAAAUAUUAUCAAGCCAGUUUGAUGUCACUAAUUGCUCAGGAUUUGAAGGUCGAACCAUAACAUUUAUAGAUGUAGUUUUGGUAAUUGAGGUUUACAAAUGCGAGUAACUAAAUAAGGAUGAUUAUCUUAAAGAGAGAGAUAAUAUGGACUUGAGGAAGAUGAAUACUCCUGAGUUCAGUUCUUAAUCUUAAUCAGGGAGACAAUUAAAUAUCAACAAUACUGUAAUAGCAGGUAAUAGUAGUAAUUUAUCUAAUCUUUCAAAAAAAGAUGUUGGGGAUGAAUUAGAAUUUGAAUAUUUGGAAGAAGAAAAUCAACUCAACCAGCCAUUAAACCCUCUUAAUCGAGUAUUGUCAGACAGAAUUGAAAAACGCAAAUAGAUAAAUAAGAGUUUAAUUCUCACAAACAAAAAUUACAUUGAAAAUAUGAAACAAAAUGGAAAUCAAUAUUAGCUUUCCUCGACAUCAUAUGAUUAAGAUGGAUCAGUUCAAUGGGUACUAUCUUAAUAAACUGACGCAAAUCUUCUUCAAAAGUCUACUUGA